AUGACCCAGAAACAGGUCCAAGAGAUCAAUAUGAAGGUUCACCUUCUUGGUUAUGGCUCUGCCUCCAUGGCCUUGAUCCGAGACCAUACCUACUUGCUCUCUGGUCGCCUCAUUUGCCUAAACCUCAAGACACCGCCUCUUUUAUACUACGAUCAAGAUUUAACAUUCCCUAUGGGCCUGACCGAGUCACUUCUGAUUUCUUUAUCCAAUAAGACAGCUGUCUGGGGUUUCGGCAUUGUCAUCAGCAAACAUGAACGUGAAGAUUCUGCACUGGGUCAAACCAACUUCAACAGCCUCCAUGUUGUCAUGAGACAUACGGAUUACGAUAACCAGGUCUCAUUUAAUGUUUCUUACAAGAUCCCCGGCAACCGAAAUCUUGCCAAAACAUUUGGCCUGUUUCAGCCUGGCCGGGAGAUGUUACUAUCGGGCACCCUCACUGGUUACGAUAAGAGCCAAAAAAUGCUCCAAGUAAAGGUUUGCUUCACUCUCAAUUUCAAACCCUUAACUCUGUACACUCAUACGUAUAUCUGUAACCAGGCCCUUUCAGUCUCCCUAUCUUUGGGGCCUGACUCAUCUACUGGAUCGAUGUCCAGUAUCGAUACUCUGCCAUCGAACCCUCGAAAGCAAUACCAGUCUUUCACUGCCCCCGGUCUUCUACACUGUUUUUUCCUGGUCCAUGCUCUAGGCAAGCCUCUGAACACUAAGGAUUUUUCUCAUCUCUUGGAUCCGGCCUCCAUCUGA